GUGAAGAUGGCGUUGCGUCGGGCCUACUCCAUCAAGGACAAGCUACAGGCCAUCGAGAGGGUGAAGAAGGGAGAACGGCAAGCGUCGGUGUGCCGGGCUUUCGGGGUGCCCGGGGGUACGCUGAGGGGUUGGCUGAAGGACGAAGCCAAGCUCCGGUGGUUCCUGGAGCAGCUGGGGGGUGAGGUGGGAACCCAACGCAAGAAGAUGCGCUUGGCCAACGAGGAGGAGAUUGACCGCGCCGUCUACGCCUGGUUCCUCGCCCUCCGCCAGCACGGUGUCCCCCUCUCCGGACCCCUCAUCCAAGCCCAAGCCGAGGCCUUCGCUCGACAGAUCUACGGUCCCGAGUGUACCUUCAAGGCCAGCCACGGUUGGUUCUGGCGCUGGCAGAAGCGUCACGGCAUCUCCAGCCAGCGUAUCUACGGUGAGGGCGGCCUCCCCGCCGAGCCCGAGCGGGCUCCGGCCGCCUGCCCCGAGACCUUGCCAAUGCCGGCUGCUGAUGCCGGGGGCUACGGCGAUGAGCAGAUCUACAACGCCAACGUCACUGGGCUCUACUGGAAGCUGCUGCCGGGGCAGGCCGGCACGGUGACGGCAACAGCACGGCGGCGGCCGGCUGCCCGCGAGCGGGUCACCGUGCUGCUGGCUGCCAAUUUGACCGGCUCCCACAAGCUCAAGCCGCUGGUGGUCGGGGGCCUUCGCGAUCCCCCCAGCCUCCGCCAUCACAACCAGGACAAAUUCCCCGCUUGCUACCGCUACAGCCCCGAAGCCAGGCUGGGGCCGGCCCUUCUCCGGGCUUGGUUCUUUGAGGACUUCGUGCCGGGCGUAAAGCGCUAUCUGCGUCGGAGCUGCCUGCAGCAGAAGGCCGUGUUGCUGCUCAGCUCCCCACCACCCCCCUCUGGGACGGGCCCUGAGGAAUCCCCCCCACUGCAGACACCCGACGGCUCCAUCCGCGCCCUCUUCCUCUCCAAGGGCCCUGCCGGGAGCGGCUCGGCUGGAGGAGGAGGCCGAAUCCCGGCCCCGCUGGAGCAGGGGGUGGUGUCUGCCUUCAAGCAGCUCUACAAGCGGGAAUUGCUGCGCCUGGCCGUCUCGUGCGCAGCCGGCGGCGGUGGCGGCUCUGGUGGCCCCAUGGACUUUGUGCGGUCUUUCCUCCUCAAGGAUAUGUUGUACCUGGCCGGCCUCUCCUGGGACCUCAUCCCCCCCGGCUCCAUUGAGAAGUGCUGGCUGCUGGGGCUGCGCGCCGCCUUCGAGCCCCAGCCCGGGGAGGAAGAGCACGGAGACCCCCAGCGUGGGGAGGAAGGCGGCGGGGACAGCAAAGUCUUUAGCGACUUGACCCACCUGGCCGCGUUGGCCUACAAGCGCUUGGCUCCUGAGGAGGUGGCCGACUGGUUGCACUUGGAUGAUGCGGCCCCGGGUACAGAGGAGGACGAUGGGGAAGAGGAUGCUGAGGAGGAAGGGCCUGGGGGCUGCAGGGUAGAGGAGGAUGAGGAGGAGGCAGCUGCCGGAGAUGGGGGUGGCAGAAGGGGUGGGGAAGGAGGGGAUGCCUUGCUGCCCACGGCUCGGGAAGCCAUCAAAGGUCUGGAGACGGCUCUGCGCUGGCUGGAGGGUCAGGACCCCCGGCAAGUUGGGCCGCUGAAGCUGGUGCAGCUCCGCUCCCUCAUCAGCAUGGCCCAACGGCUGCACCGUGGCGGCAGCCCCCAUUCCUAG